GAAUCGAGUUCAUCGGAUCUUAUAUUUUUAAUUUAUUAAAGUGAUAAAGUAUAUAAAAGUGAUAAAGUAUUCAAAAUGUCUAUCAGAAAUUCCGGAUCUUAUACAUCGUUUGAUAAAAGUAAUAUAAAAUGUGUGAUAGUAGGAGAUACUUGUGUUGGGAAAACAUGUUUAGCCCGACGUUUAGCAGCCCAUGACUUCCCUACAGAAUACAGUCCGACAAUGUUCGAUAACUAUGCAGCAACCACAAUAGUAGAUGAUCAGCCUUAUGUUCUAAGUUUAUUUGAUACGGCGGGACAGGAAGAAUUCGAUAGAUUACGAGCCCUAGCCUAUAUGAAUAGUGAUGUUUUCUUAUUAUGUUUCUCAGUCGCCCGACCAGACACAUUACAACAUGCCAUAGACAUUUGGAUACCAGAGUUAAAACACUAUUCCCCUAAUACACCUAUCAUACUUAUUGGUACACAAAUAGAUAUCCGAGAUGAACAAGAAGCCAAAUCUAAAUCCAGUGUAUGCCACAGAGACUAUGUCCAAACAAAGGAAGGAAUCAGCGUUGCAAGCAAACUCGGUGCGGAAACGUAUGUAGAAUGUUCUUCGUUGACGGAGGCUGGGAUCAUCAGACUCAAGGAAUCGGCGAUUGAUGCAAGCAACAAAUCAACAAAACCACGAAAUAAUGACUGUAAUUGUUGUCAAAUAGUUUGAAAUAUCUGUUGGAUAUACUUGGACAUUUCUUUUACCGGUCGCCCAAAACGCACCAAUUGUUAGUCCGAAAAGUCGGUAUUAUUAUAAUCGGAUUGGAAGAUAAACCGAUCUACUGGACAGUGAGGUGGUGAUUAUUGUUGUCAAGGAUCUUAUUAAUCCGGUCAUUAAUCAUAAUCAUCGAUUUAACUCCCGCAAAUUGUGGUUAACCGUCUUCAAGUGAUCGACUCAUUUCAAGGUGAAGUCAAGGUUGGGAGGUCCUCCAUGAAUUAUCUCCCUUGAGUGCGCUCAUCAAAUACAGUAAUUGAGGAUUGGUUUGUGCAUUAUAAAUAAUUGUUAAACCACUAAUGACAACGAGGAGUGUUUAAACCAUUCAAUUAAAUUCUACCUCUUAAACUAGUCAAAGUACCAAGUCUACUAUGGUGCGUGGAGAAUAUCAUUAUCAUUUCACCAGACAAUGAAGAGAGGAGUGCAGAAUUUGUCAGAAAUUGAUUUCCUAUAUGAAGUUAAUCUCAUGACUCAUGUUUUACAUGGUAUUAUUAGAUCAAAAAGCAUUUGUGAUAUUUUCAUUAGAUUGAAUCUCAUUUUUAAAUAACAUUCGUUAUAUUAGUAAUUUGGUUAUAUGGUUAAUUAUGCAACAUAAUUUGAUAAGGCUUAAAUUAAUCUGAUAACAUUAAGACAACACAAAUUGUCGUGCAUGGAAUGGAUUUGAACUUAAUCUCCCUGGAAAAAGUACUGAUGCCAUAUUUGAGAUAUUUUAUAAAGAAAUUUGAUUAUAAACUGAUUUGAAAACCUAAUAAGCCCUAUAACCAAAUUAUGUUGUAAAUAUUAAAGAUAUAUUAAAGUAUUAUUUCAUUGUUAUCAUUUUAAAUUAUGAGUGCAAUGUUUUGUUUUUUGUAUCUAAGUAAAUACAAUAAAUUAUUUUUAUUAUA